AUGGCGCGGGCCCGCAGGGGCGCACGGGCAUGGGCCCCGGCGCCCAGCCCUGCGCGGAGCCCAGCUGUACCGCGCUCCCUCCCGUUCGCUGCUUCUGGGCGGCGCCGGGAGGCGAGCCCGGCUGCCGGAGGGCGGCUCCUCCCCGGCCCUGAUCCCAGACGCGCCCGCGCGCUGGAACCCGGCGCCGCUGCGCCCGGCCGAGGGAGCGUGGGGAUACUGCGACCCCACCUAGCCCAGCGGCUAUGCGAGGGGGCAGAUGGUCGGGCGCCGCCGGUUGGACUCGCAGAGCCAGGCGCUCAGAAGGCUCAGGACAACGUGGCCGCGUCCGAGCGGAUCCCGGCAGCCCCGCAGACCUCACCCCGGCGCGAGCGGAAGGGGCGGCUCGGGGGCGGGGCUUGGCUCAGGCCUCCUGCGCACGGCAAGAUUUCCUGGAUUCAGGCCUGGAUGAUUUCCUCCGCAGAGGUCCGCGGAGGCCUAGCCGCCCGCCCUGGGGCGGAACGCGCGGGCGCGGGAGCCUUGGAUACCGGUUACAGAGCCCGGAAUGUGCACGUGAUGGUAGGAGGUUGACCAGCUGUCCUGGACCAUGAGACAAUCUUGAGGAUGGAAGCCUGCACUAAGAUGAUAUAGUAAAAGAUGAUUGAUUGGACUUCCCUGGUGGCACAGUGGUUAAGAAUCCUCCGCCA